UCAUCAGAAACCAUGAUUCUCAUCAGCUUCAUGUGUCUGCUGCUCGCCGCGGCUGUGAAUCCAGCUCAGAGUCAAGAAAUACACGAGAUCAAAUCAGAUGGUGUCGUUAUCCUUUGCUCUGGAGGUGUCGCUGGUACAGUAAAGUGGGUUAAGGACAAAAACGAUAUUGCAGGCCAAACCAAUGCAACCCUUGAAGUUAAAGCUGAACAGGGAAGAGUUGAAGGAUUCUACAGCUGUACAUAUGGCGAUAUAACGCAUGUGUUCUACCUCAGAGUAAAAGUGUGUGAGAACUGCUAUGAGCUGAGCAGGUUGAAGGCCACGGCCCUCAUAUUUGGUAAUUUACUGAUCACAGGACUAGUUAUUCUCAUCGUCUUCAUCUUUGCUAACAAGAACUCUGGCGGCACACACAAGAGAGCAUCAAAUUUGCGAUCAGAAAACCCUCCUCAGCCUCCAAACCCGGACUAUGCGCCUCUGGAUCCAAAGACGCGCAACAAUGCAGUGUACUCGGGAAUCAGAUAGAUGCUGUUCAGACAGCUGCACAGUAAAUCAAACUCUGGUGAUUCAUAGCGUCUCGUACUCGUUUGUUCCACAGUAAAGCUUUAUAUAUCAUUGAUGUUGAUGUGGAAAGUUGUGCUCAGAAACAUCGGAAACUCGUGAUGUCAAAUACUGUGCUUUCUGUUCGGAGACCGUGUGCUUUCAUGCUUUUAUGCUCGUAAUCUUGUUAUUCUCACAGUUCAUACGAACUUUUCAUGUUCUGAUGUGCAAGCGUCUCAUUUUUUAAUCUUAGACUUUUAUCUCGUACAGAAUGAUUUAACUCAACAGCUGAAUGAACCAGGUUGAGGUUUUAAUGAUGCAGCUGCUGCACUGAGAAAAUAAAAAUGACAAAUAAAGAUGAUUUUGUGUAAGUUGUGGAGUAUUGAUUGGAGCUUUAUAGUUUAUACAAUUAUUGGUAACACUUUAGAAUAAUGCUCCGGCUCAAGCUUUACCUUUUUAAC